AUGGAUUCGGCCACCGGGUCCGGGCUGAUGGAGGAGUACGAGCUCAUGAAGCAGCCCAAGUACCGGGUGUACAUCUCGAACAUUGACAAAGCGCUGAAAAAUUUCGAAUACUCGAGCGAGUGGGCCGAUCUGAUCUCGGCGCUCGGGAAGCUCAACAAGGUCAUCUCCUCGAACGCACUGUAUCAGAUCAUUCCGCGGCGGAUCAAGAUCUCGAAGCGGCUCGCGCAAUGCAUGCAUCCGGCGCUGCCGUCCGGGGUGCACCUGAAGGCACUGGAAUCGUACGAUGUCAUCUUCAGCAACAUCGGUGUCGAGCGGCUCGCCUCGGAACUGUUCAUCUACAGUGCCGGUCUGUUUCCGCUGCUCGGCUACUCGGCCAUGAACGUGCGGCCGGCGCUGCUGUCGAUCUACGAAAAGUAUUUCGUCCCACUGGGCGAAAAGCUGCGGCCCGCGUUGAGUGGGUUCCUGAGCGGAGUGUUUCCGGGGCUCGAGUCGGGGCAGGAUCACUUCGAGCGCACCAACCAGCUGCUGGACAAGGUGUGUGUGGCGGUGAAGCUGGAGUGUUUCUACACCUGCCUGUGGGAGUGCAUCGUGACGAACGCGUCCGUACGGUUACCGGCCAUUACGUACGUGCUGGAGCACUACGACAAAAAGAUCCCGUGUGCGGCGCAGCGGGAACUGAUGGGCAACAGUGUCGAGCUGAUGGUGAACGGGCUGUGCAGCUGUCUGACCGAUGGCGUUAUUCUGGUGCAGCGCAACACGCUCGAGUUCCUGUUGCUGGCGUUCCCGAUGCACGUCGAGGGCAUCCUGUCGGAGGUGUCUGCGACGAGGCUCGUGAAAACGGCCCUCAACACGAUCCUGCGGCGCGAUAUGUCGCUCAAUCGGCGUCUCUACUCGUGGCUGCUGGGUUCGGACACGAGCUUGGGAAAGCAUCACCACCACCACCACCUGCAGCACGAGGGUCAGCGGGGCAAGGCUGAAUCGGCGGCGUUGGACGGAGCGCCGGCGCCCUACAGUCCCCACACGUACUUUGAGCAACACGCCAAGAAGCGCCUGAUCGUGGCGUUCAAGAUGAUCCUCCAGGAGAGCAUCGCCCACAGCCCGGUCGAUCUGAGCCCGUACCGUAUCCUGAUCUCGCUGCUGGAUAAGGCCGAAAUCGGGCUGCGCAUCCUGGACGACGUGCUGUGCGACAUCAUACGGGUCAUUUCGCUGUGCAACGGCAACCUGGAGGUGCAAAAGUCGGCCAACCUGCUGUUCUCCACGUUCGAUCCGGCCUACAUCUGGAACUACAUGUCCCGGCUGUACCGGGAGGCGGCCGUCGGCACGGAACGCACCCGGAACGACGACCCGGGCGGCAUUCGGAUCGACUCGGGCCCUCCCGGGACGGUCGAGGUGUGUCACCUGACCGAGUUCCUGCUCGAAACGCUCUCGCUGGAGAUGUACAACGAAACGACGCGCGUCCACCUGCCCAAGUUCCUGCUGUCGCUCAUCUGCAUGCUGACGGUGUACGUGGACAACAUGCACUCGGUCGAGGUGGCCGCCUCGCUGCGGUUGUGCGUGAAGAUUGUGUCCAAAAUUCAACCGAUGAUCAUGUCGGAACGUGUGCUCGAUCUAUCGCUGACGAGUCGCAGCGCGAGCGCCACACCGAGCAACGCCCAGGAAGCGAAGGAGGGCGGAGUGGGACUCGAGAAAAGCAGCAGCGAUUCGAAGAUCCACGAGUCGUCGCUGCAGGUUACCGGCACCGGCAGUGACGCUAGCAGCCAGGCACCCUUCCAGCGGUCCAGCUCGAGCCAGGGGCUGCACAAAAAGAACGGCGCACCGAGCGCAUCGGUUGCGGUGCCGAGUGGCAAGUAUGGCAAGAAGAACAAAAAGUCGAAAUCGUACACAAAGUUGAGCGAGCUGAGCACGAGCUCACGCGAGGGCUCCCUGAAGGGGAGCGCGAGCAAGACGAAGAUCAACCGAUCGGAGGCGGAAGUGACGAUGAGUGGGGCCAGUUCGGCGCCCAACUUGAAAAAUGGUCUUACGGGUACGACGACGGCCAACGGGCGUGCGGGGGCUGACGGAGAGAGCGGAACCGAGAAGCGAUUCAGUUGCAGUAGCAGCAGCAGCAGUAGCAGUAGUAGUAGUAGCAGUGGCAGUUACGGUGUCAGUUCCAGCCAAAGUGAUAGCGCCAGCAGCGGAGCAGAGGAAGCCUUGGCGGCUACUGCCGGCGGUCGAGGGAUCGUGAUCAAAAUACAGCCCUCCACGGAGCAAGCUUCGGCGGCCAUUGCCCAGUUGCCCGACUGCCCGAUCCUCGAUCGGUGCAUCCGACAGUACGUGGCGUUCUACGAGCUGUACGUGUGCCGCAAGCUGCUUGCGGCGACGGUGGACGGUCGCGGCCAGCAGGACGAGCAGGAGCAGGUUAGCUUGCAGGAGAAUCUCUUCCUCGGCUCAACGGCCGAUCCGGAUCAAGAUCUGGUGGUGAUCAAUACGCUCGCCACCGAGCUGGAGGAGCUGUUCGAUUGUCUCACGAUCAACUCGCAGUCUUCGCGCGCCAAACUGAACGCCAUGUUGGCCCAAUCGGUCAAGGGCCACUCAACGGCGACGGCGACGACGACCACAACGCCGGUUCAAACUCCGACACACAACGAGUACGAAAUGGCCCUGCUGGUGCGGGGUAACGAAAAACUGGCCCGUGUGGCCCGCACGCACAUCGGGGAGUCGCUGCGGAACGCGCUCAAGCUGGCGUGCAACGUCCUGACGGAGAUGUCAUCGUUUCCGAGCUAUCGUAACGAAAACGCCAGCACGGAACGGAUAGAGGACGUGCCCGGUUGGCUGAAGGCGCUUACCGUGCUGACGGUGUUUGUGCCCGAUCUUGAUACGCAGCUUGCCGCUGCACAGACGCUGAUCGAUAUGAUUGGGCUGCUGCGGACGAACGGCCGGAAGUCGUCGAAAGAGUCGUCGGGCAAAACGAUCGUGCUGAUGAUGCCCCUGCUGAAGCUGGCGCACGUCAGCUGUCUCGAGCGACGCACGAAGGUGUUCCAGGUGCUGACGACGAUGCUGUGGAACUAUUUGGAUGCGGCCCGGCCGGAAGCGCGCACGAUCAGUCAGCUGCUGUACCGGUUGCAUAACUGUCUGGACAGUCGCUUCACGGAGAGCGUCAUCAUCGAUCGGUUGCUCGUGCCACAGACGCUGUUCGACGACGGGGAGGACGCCGAAGGCCACUACCGCGAAAUUGUGGAACGGACGGUGCGCCGUGGCAGCCGAGUGGCGUUGCAGGGCCUCUGGCAGAUACCGACGCUGGCCAAAACGGAGCUCAAGAUUGAUGCGGAAGGAUUCCGCAAGUUUCAGCUCCUGUGGAAGCUCGGCCGCGACACGUUCCAUGGGAACGAGUUUGAAAAGUUGCUCUUUCUGGUGCUCGAUUCACUGACGCUGCCCCGGAACGUGUCGAUACAGGUGAAAACGGCCAACUGGCUGCGGGAAGCCCUGGUACGGGGCGACAUCGGGCGCAUCCUGAAGCUGCUGCUCAAGACGCUGCUCAACGAAAGCACCAAACGGUUGAGCAUCUUCUGCCCCAAGCGGUUGCGGGGCAUCGGCCUGGAGCAGGACGAGGCCACGGGUGCCGGCGCCGGCGGACUGCCGGGGAUGAGCGAGUGGGAGAAGGAGCUACUGGCCGAUGCCGACGUGCAGCUGAAUCAGGCCUGCUUCGCGGUCAGCUCGGAGGAUGGCCAGAUACGGUACCACAUGGACCCGGCGGCCGUGCUGGGCAAAAAGCGGAGCCCAAUCCGAUCGAUCCAGAAGAAGAUUUUCGGCGUUUCGAUUGGUGGCGGUGGCGGCGGCAGCGGUUCGAAAGGUGGUGGUGCCACUGGAGCCAGCGCCGUUGGCAGUGGUGGAACCGGUGCCAACGCUGGCCAUAUGAUAGUGUCCAACUUUGUGACGAACGAAGGCACGGGGAAGAAAGGAGGUGGUGGAGGAGGAGGUUUAGGAGGGUCCACCGUGACUGCGGUGCCUACUGGCGGCGGCGCCGUGAUGGACGAUGGCCAGUAUGGUAAAAUUUCUGUGAUCAUCAAUCCGCUCGAGUCGGACCAGCUGCCGAUCGGCAAGGGCUCCGCAAUGCGCAACCGGUCCAACUCGAUGGGCUUGCUGGCGGCCACAACGACGACGACGGGCGGUGAUGCCGACAGUGGCAUCUCGGAGCCGAGUUCACUGGCCGUAAGCGGAGCCGGUAGUGGUAGCGCCGGUGUGUCGCGGAAGGACUUUCACCGAUCGGCGUCCGAUCUGGAUGACACGAACGACAGUGAGGCGGAUCCGCGCGGGCUGACAGAGCGUAGCCGCGGAUCGCGGCUGCUACGCGGAGGCGGCGGACUGGGAUACGACAACGAACCGAUCAAGCGGUACGUCGAGGAAGGCCCGAUCGUGGACUUUAUCGGCAAGUCGCGGGAUCGAUUUCGGAACCGCAAAACGUACCUGAUUUCGUCGGGCAACGGUGGUUCCGGUGCCGGUGCCGGAGAUGAUUCGCUACUAUCCGGCUCCUCGUACACGCUGACCAACGGGCUUCCGGUGUCCCUGAACGGUACGCUCACGGUGACCGAUAGUGAUAACGACGAGGGAUGCGGCGCCGCAGACCGUAGGCCCACGGCGGGAGGGGAGCUAGAGGCGGAGGAAGGAGAGGACGAAAAGCCGGCGGUGCCAAAGAUAUCGUUCACGCGCAUCAAGAGCUGGCGCAACGGUAACAAGCUGUACCCGUUUCACACGCACUUCCUCGUGUACGAAUCGGUGUUCAACACGAAGCAGAUCCUGUACACGAUCGAGACACUGCGCAACAUCCUGACGAACGAUGCGCGCUUCUUCCUGUGCCUCUCGGUGACGACGUCGGUCUCGAGCGGUCAAAUCAAGUCGCUGCUGCUGCGCCACCGGCGUAACAUCUUCGGCAAGGGUUUCACGGAGGCGCGCGACGAUUCCGAGCACCAAAAUCUGUACCGCGGGUGCAUGUACCUGGAGGUGAUCCUCACGGUGCUACUGUACUACACGCGCAGCUAUCAGACGGACGGAAAGGACGGUAAGGGCCAGCAGCCGUCGCGCGACGACUUCAACACAAACGCCAAGGUACAGCUCGAGUGCAUCGAGCUGAUGACGACCAUCUUCGGCGAGCUGCUGGCGUUGCUGAAGGACGUUGGCAAGAACCUGGCCGCGUAUGUGGCGGACCUGUUGGAGAAGUGCAAGGUGCAGAAGAUCGUGCUGUACUGUCUGGCGUCGUCGGUAAACUAUUUUGCGACCCCCGGCGGGUACACGUGCUACGCGGACGAGGUGCUGCGCUACAGCGAUCCGGAGAGUACGCGCCAGAACGCCGAAGCGUACCAGAUCGAGUUGCUGCGGUUGCUGUUGGCCGUGGUGAAGCUGGAACACGAGAUCACGCUGCAGCGUGCGGAUGAUCGUGCGGGGGUCGACGCAGUUAAGGGUGCCGUCUCCGGUGCAGGGGGCGGCGGCGGUGGCGGUGGCAGUGCUGCCCAGACGAAGGAGGGUUCGAGUGGUUCGAGCAGCUCGCCCACGAAGGUGGCCCCGGAAACGAAGCGAACGUACCGGUACAUCCCCAAUCAGCUGCUCGCCCAGCAACCGAUGUUCCUGUCGACGAUCCUGUCGGCGCUGGCGUGCGAACGGUUGCAGCACGUGCACAAGAACUGGACCGAUAUGGUGACCGCGUGCCUAACCUGCCUACCGCCGGCCAGCCUGACCAACAUCGUCGUCAGCGUCAUCCACCAGCUGUGCAGUAACCUGGAUCGGGUGACGAAGCGUGAUCGGAUUCUGGUCCAGUCGAUCGAUUACAUCGUGUCGCAACUGGAAGCGAUCACGGUGCUGGCGCACUACUGUCUGCUCGACAGCGUGCAGCAAAUGUCGCUGGCCAGCAUGUUCAAUGCGUCGACGACCGGUGGCCUGAUGACCGCCUCGAGCACCCACUCGGGCCAGAUCAUCAACAACAUCGUGAACGUGUUCCUUUCGUACUCGUCGUCGCUGCUGAGCGGUGGCAGUAAUCAGCAGGUCAAGAAGAGCCACCAGGAGGUGGCAAAGGCGGCCAUCCUAAGCCACCUGCCGCGCAUCAUCAUUACGAUCGCGACCCUGUGGGAGACGAGCAUUAGCGAUUUUCGGCGCGUCAAGCACCAGCUGCUGGAGUUUCUCAGUCCGAUCUCGAUGCACUACGGUACCAACUUCCUGACGGCGAUCGCCGUCGCGUGGUACGAGCGUAGCGGCGGAGGUGUCGAGCCGGGCGGCGAAGGGUCCGAGGUGGACUUUUUCGAGAUCAUGACACGGGCACUGCCACAGGCAAGCGACAACCAGUUGCUGCUGGUGAAGCUGAUCACGGGCAUUCGGAUCAUGUCGGUGGACUCGUUCAUCCAGACGAUGCACCAGGUGAUCAAGAGCCCACCGCACAUCUACCAGCCACCGGUGGGCCUGAAUCUGGAGGUGAGCGCACUGGAGCUGCUCUACUUCUUUCUCAUCUCCGGUGUGUCGCCGGCACAGUACACGGACUGCUGGAGUUCGCUGUACGCGCUGCUAAAGGACUGUCUGACGCUGCAGGUGACGGCCCAGUUUGUGGCGCUCUCGAUCCUGAACGAGUUCGUGCAGCGCUGCCCGACGAUGCCGUUCUCGGACAAGAAGGAUCUGCGGGACCUGCAUGACGUUACGUCGCGCCUGGUGGAAGCGGUCUCGAAUGUGGCCGGCUCGUGCCUGGAGCAGACGACCUGGUUGCGGAGGAAUCUGUCCGUGAAGGAAGAGUUCAGCUCGAUCGACGCCACCGGCAAGGAUGGGCUGCUGAUGCCGUCCAGCCAGCACUACUCGAUACAGGCCCAGUCGAUUCUGGCCGCCCUGCUGGCAUCGCUACUGGACGUGGCGUUCAGCUCGCAGGAAAAGGACAAGGUCACCACGAUCGUGACCGGUGUGAUGUACAACAUUGUGCCUUACCUGAAAACGCACACCGCCAAGAACAUUCCGACGUUCCACGCCUGCUCGAACCUGCUGGCCAGCCUGAGCACGUAUCAGUACAUUCGGAAAGCCUGGCGAAAGGAUGCGCUCGAUCUGCUGCUGGACAACACGUUCUUCCAGAUGGACAGCCGCUGUAUGCCGUACUGGAAAACCAUUCUCGAUAGCUUGAUGACCUGUGAUAACACUACCUUUAGAGAUCUUAUGAACCGUUUACCACUGGCCCAGACCGGCUCGCUGAACAUAUUCACCUCGAAGGAGCAAGAGUACGAGCAGCGGGCCCUGCUGCUGAAGCGCCUAGCGUUCGUGAUAUUCUGCAGCGAGGUCGACCAGUACCACAAGUACAUGCCGGAGAUUCAAGAACAACUUGCCAACAGUUUGCGAUUGCCGCAGGUCGUACCGCUCAUACAGUCGGCCGUGUUUCUCUGCUUCCGCGUGCUGCUGCUCCGGAUGUCGGCCGACCACGUGACCAGCCUGUGGCCGAUCAUUAUCGCCGAGAUGGUGCAGGUGUUCCUGUCGCUCGAGCAAGAACUGAUGACGGACACGGAAGAGUUUAGAUCCCAAUCAAGUCAACACAUACGGAUGCUGUCCGGACUGGACACGGCCUGGGUGACCAACACCAACAACGGGCUGUACUCGUACGGGCACCCGCACUGGCGGAUGGUGCAGCUGGAAACGGCCAAACUGCUCGAGCUGGGCUGCGUUUUGCCGGCCACCAUCUUACCACACUUCCAAAUGUACCGGUGGGCGUUUGUGAGCAGCCAGAACGAAAACUUCCACCCGAAACCGACGGCAACGGGUCGAUGCGACGAGAAAACCGUGGUGGCUUUCGUACCGCACGUCUCGAGGAUAUCGCAGCUAAUGGAUCUGCGCUACACUUCGCAUUCGCCGAAAACGCAAACGACCAAGGGCAGCCACAUUAUGCUCACGUGCCAGUCGAUCAACACGCUGCAGGACCUGUACGGCUUUUUCUCGACCCUCUCCAUGCGCUGGCCGUCGCACAUCUCGUACAGUGACACCGAGAAGGACACCAAGCAGUGCCUGGAGGAAGUGGAGCAAGUGCUGGCGUUGGAUUUUCUCGAGAAAAUUCCCCCCGCGAAAUAGUGGCCUCCGCUGGGGCUGGGGCACGGCACUACUACUAAUCGUGAUUUUGUUCAGUAUUUUCCUUCUCCUCGAGCAGAGAGCAGCAGCAUGUUGUUUGGUGGUGUGUAGCGUCCUCCGUAUCGACUAUGUACAUUUUAGUUGUUAUUUUUUCACUCUUCCCUCGAUGACUGAGUCAAAUUAAAGCAAAUGAUGCAAGGAGCUCGUUCAUUGCGUGUGUGUGUGUUGUGUGUAUGCGAACUAAGAAAUAAUGGAACUACCCCCUAUCGAUGUGACUGAAUCGAGUCGAAACCAUAAAAUACAGGUGUUAAAUGUUGUUGGUAGGAGCUCCCGGAGGCAAUAGAUAAAAAGAUGGACCACGCUGGAUUGCGUGCCCCGGGUUAGCGGGACAGGCUUUAUCACGUGAAAUGAUGACCCCGGUGGUGUGUGUGAAGAAUGUUAUAUUAAUUUAUGAAACUUUUAGCUCUUAAUG